GGCUGCAGUGCCUCAGUGGGGCCGAGAGCACCAGGAGCUGCUGGAAUGAGUGUCCCCCAAGGACGGACCCUGCAGGUUUUGUCUGCUGUUUCGGGCUUGCAGUCAGGCCUCCAAGGUACUCGGCAAAGCUUCAGCGGGCUUGAAGAGAGUUAUCUCCUCAACCCCGUGUCGGUGGCUGCUCUGUGCUUUGCCAGGCUAUCCGUGGAGCCCUUUCUUGCUGGUGGAAAGGCAGGACAGGGUGUUGGGAUAAACAGAUGAGUGCUGCGCUCUGUAAAUGCGGCACGCAAGGCUGCGUGCGCUAAUGUUUAACUUGCCUCCUGUUUUUCUUUCCACCCGUUAGGCAAUCCUGAGUGGUGCACAUCUUGACAGAGUCUCCUAGCGACCUUUUCUGCGGGGCUGAAUGACAGCAGAAGCUGCCAGGUGAACCCGAUGAGCCUGUGAAGAGGUGAGACCAGGACACACCAUGGGUCAGAAGGUCACAGGUGGGAUAAAGACUGUGGAUAUGAGGGACCCUGUGUAUAGGCCGUUGAAACAGGAGCUCCAAGGACUCGACUACAGCAAACCCACGCGGCUGGACUUGCUGCUGGACAUGCCUCCCGUGUCCUACGAGGUGCAGCUGCUGCACUCGUGGAACAACGACGACCGCUCGCUGAACGUGUUCGUGAAGGAGGACGACAAGCUCAUAUUUCACCGGCAUCCGGUGGCCCAGAGCACGGACGCCAUCAGGGGCAAGGUGGGGUACACGCGGGGGCUGCACGUGUGGCAGAUCACGUGGGCCAUGCGGCAGCGGGGCACCCACGCCGUGGUGGGGGUGGCCACGGCGGACGCCCCCCUGCACUCGGUGGGCUACACGACCCUGGUGGGGAACAACCACGAGUCGUGGGGCUGGGACCUGGGCCGCAACAGGCUCUACCACGACGGCAAGAACCAGCCCAGCAAAACCUACCCCGCCUUCCUGGAGCCGGACGAGACUUUCAUCGUGCCCGACUCCUUCCUGGUGGUCCUGGACAUGGAUGAUGGGACGCUGAGCUUCAUUGUCGAUGGGCAGUACAUGGGGGUGGCGUUUCGAGGACUCAAAGGGAAGAAGCUGUACCCGGUGGUGAGCGCAGUGUGGGGACACUGUGAGAUACGGAUGUGCUACUUGAACGGACUCGACCCUGAACCACUGCCUUUGAUGGACUUGUGUCGGCGAGCUGUGAGGCUCGCUCUGGGCAAGGAGAGACUGACUGAGAUCCCCACGCUGCCCCUGCCAGCCUCCCUCAAGAGUUACCUGCUCUACCAAUGACCUUGGUGUCCGGGGACAGAGAGCUGGAACCAAGGCAACGCGUCGGAGCUGACCCGCCGAGCAACGGGCUCUCCACCCUCGUGUCAUCGCUACUGUUGGGACUCCUCGGCCAAAGUAUUCCUGCCACUGCUUCAGCCUCCGUGUGCCCUUACUGGGCAAGCUCCCAAGUAAUCCUUGUUUCACAGCUGAGUGUUUUGUUCUUUGGAAGUCACUUGCCCCAGCGCACUUACAGAAGCUCUGUGCUUCCCUGCUUCUCCUGAGGAAAGCUGUGCUUUGUCCUUUGGGUUCAAGGGCCUAGGAGGGAAUGAUUUGUUUGUACCAGCUAAGGGGAAGGACAUGAUCUGGGGGAAAGGGAAGGCAUUAGGAGUGGAAAGGUUAAGA